ACUGGGAAGAUGCCUGUGCAGUUUGAAGCCUUUUGCUCAGGGGGCCUGGUCCCAGGCUGGAGUCUGAUCGUCCAGGGUCAGUCCAACUCCAAAGAUGAUGAGUUUGAAAUAAACUUCCUCUCUGAGUCAGGUGAAAUUGCUUUCCACUUCAAACCUCGAUUCUCCAAUGGCACCUUGGUCUGCAACUCCUUCCAGGGCAGUCGUUGGGGUGAAGAGGAAGUUUACAGUGUCUUCCCUCUGGAGCUAAAGGAACCAUUCGAGAUUGAAAUCUUUUCAGAUUCAGAGUAUUUCCAUGUCUUCAUCCAAGAGAGCAAGGUGGCACAGUAUGAGCACCGCCACAAGCCACUGGCCUCCAUCACCAAGGUGCAAGUGCUGAAUGACCUCAGAUUCCCAUUGGUGGAGCUUUCCAAGAAGCGCCUCUAUUUGGGGCUCAAACCGAACUUCACUGGGCCCUGGAGGACACCCUGGAUCUCCUAA